GCACUGACUCUGCAGAUGCUUAAAUGUUAGGCACUAAAAUGGAUUACAUAACCUAAUCAUCGGGAGCCAAAUCCUUGUUAUUCUUUUGUCGACGGCAAUCUGAAAUUCAAUCUGCAAUCCAAUCAAUCCUUCCGACUUUCGCGAAAUAUUCUGAACGAAGCACGAUUCCAAUACCGUUUGCUCUUUCGCAUCUAUCUGAAAGAAAGAAAACUCAAGUCUUGCGUCACUACCUUUGAUCUAAAUCAUCUCAAAUCGCCUCGACGGUUAUCCUUAGAGAGGUAUUUGGCUGUCUCUUGAUGUCGAUUGACGAUUUGUGAUUUUGAACCAACGCGCGUCAACGCCUCUUGCGAUGCUAACGUACCCUUACAAGUCUUUGGAUUACGCCUUUGUCUUACUCUAGGUCAGGUAACCUGUGCACAGGCAUUUUCAGGAAUUGACGACGGAGCAUAUCCACCACCCUGCUGGUAGACUGAAGGCAUAAUUACUCCCUUGGUUGUUAUACUAAGUCGGUGAUUCACUUUCGUGAACGAACUCCCUCAUGCAUCGCGUCUACUUUCCUUAACAUGGCGGAUCAUUCUGACCUGCACGGCCCCUACCCGGGCCAGCAGUCUCGUCCUCAAUCUCGUCAACCCUUUACCCAAGCAUCGGCUUCUUUGAACCCCCCACAGGCUUACUACAGCACUUUCCAGCAGCCCAAUAUGGCUCCUGGUAACUUUGCAUCUAUUAACAAUUCAUACCAAUACAAUGCGAACAAUAUACCUGGUUUAGGCUUGGGCGCUUCUUUGCCUCAUGUAUCCUAUCGAUCCAAGACCAACAUCGCAUGGCACCCAUCAUCGCAACCUGCAAAACAUCCUGCACAGAAUCCUCCCAACAGUUCCCCGACAAAAGAGAAGACCCCUGCUUCUUCACACGAACGAGACAAUACUCGCGAGAACGCCCCAGGGAAACAACACAGCAUUCCACCAUCCCAGAGACAACCAACAUACCUACUUGAAGAAGGAGAGCUUAGCGAAGGCGAAUUUGACGAUUUAUAUGAACCGAAUGAUUCAAUUGUCAUCACUGCACCAGCCCCCCCAUCUCCUCAAGCACAGGGCAUUGUGGAAAAUACGAAUGGGAGCGUAGGUGAUGCAGAUGGAUCUUCAAUAUAUGAUGCCGGAACACCACAAGGCGGUGCUAUCACUAAUAGCACAUCUACAUCGUUCCCUACAGCGGAACGGGAAUAUUCUCCUGGUGAUAACUGGGAGCCUACGUAUCCAGAACGAGAACGGUCUGGUUCUUAUUCACCUUAUCUGUCGCCUCGAGAAUUUCAACGAAAACUAUCAGUGAGCAAGCCCAAUGCGCUCGGAGCCAAACAAACCAUAUCACCCCAUCAUCCAAUGCACUCAUUGCCAGGAAUAAAUACGUCGUCCACACAUCAACUAUUGCCGACUAUCUCUAACGGCGCAACCCAUACCACUGUCAGAGGAAGUAUCACCGUUUCUGAAUCUACGAUGUCUACAAAAAACGCCGCAGCUGCUCCCUCUUUCCAAUCUGUAUCAGAGGCUAAGAAGAAGGCCCAAGAGGCUAUCUUAGCACUAUGGCCCCUUAAGGUCAGAUAUCAACAUUAUAUCGAGGAAGGCUUUGAUGAGAAGUUCAUCAAGGGCCUUUUCACUGACCUAGGUCUCGACACAUCAUUACCGAAACAUCUUGCUGCACAAAAGGUUACAAUUGAUUCACAAGCAUCAACUAUGCCUGUGUCUACCCCUCCGAAGGCUAUGGUCGAACCACAGAAACCCAAAGACAACCCUUCAACGAUUGCACUAAAGCCAAAGGAGCCAAAGGAGCCUACGAUUACCAAAUCUACAGCAAAUACCACGGAUACCAAUGCUGCGACUGAUACCAAAGCAACUACGAAGACAGCUGCCGAAGAACGCAAGGAUAAGAUUGCCCGAAAACUGGCGGCAAAGGCACAGAAGACCACACCUGCUACGAAGCCUUCUGCACCUACUCCCUCUUCCCAACCCACACCAGCUGAUGUAAACCUGGCGAAUUCUACCAAUGCAUCACCUAUGAAGGCAAAAACUCGGGCUGAGAAUAAUGCACUACUACAUCAAAAACUUGCAGCUUUGAAGAGAUCACAAGAAAGGGCCGCGGCGGACAAAAACGUGCCGGCUAAGAAUCUAUCUGAGGGUCCGGCAAAACCUGAUACGCUUUCAACCACGCCUACCAACGGCCCGUCUACUACCAGUAUAAGAUCCAAGGAGGAGGUUUCUGUAGGCCCCGUAGUGGCGUUACCAGCACUGAAUCAGGGCUCAGGUCCUGCGGUGAAAGCGCCAUCGAAAGAAGUCAAUAUUCCAGGCCUAGCAGUAUCCCCACACCCUGUUCAGUCCAUGAACCGCAAUUUGAAACGGCCAGUUGCCUCCGAUUUCGAUCAUUAUCCCGCUCCUACCGGGUCACUUAAGAGAUCACGUACUCAAGAAACAUUAAUUAUCGACGUUAGUGACGAUGAAGACGUUGAGAUGGACAUUGGCUCUCCUACUGAUGAGCCUAACUCGUCUGGCGAAAUCAUCAACCAGCCUCUUCGUCAAGCUUCCCUUGGAGCGUUCCCACCACUAUCCGACAGCUCCAACAGAAAGCCACGCCCUAGUCCAGGAUCGAGCACUGUACCAACUCCGCCAGUUAGUGGGGCCAAGCUUGAUUUGCUACACAAGCGGAUCGAGGAGACAAAGCGCCUAAUUGCUGAGGCUGAAGCCAAGAAGGCUGUGAAAAAGCCAAGCCUCGUUCAUUCACCCGAGUCUCAGCAGUCGCCGAUACAAGCUACGACACCGCUAGAGCCACUGGACGUUUUAAAACCACGUGGGGAAAUCAAGAAAGCUGACACUGGGCGACGUGAUAGGAUCAUAAGUUAUGAAUUGCCCGCUAUCCAAGCUGCUCUGGUGAACUGCCAAGAGAAGAUGAAGCAAACUAACGCCCAAGGAGCCCAGCUUCAACUUUUGCUUCAACUUAAUAAGGAAGAAAGCGAAAGAAUGGCUGCAGAGACCGAGAGGUUAAAAAAAGAGCUCGACAUAUUGAAUGCUGAGGCGAGCGCUGCAAUAAAUGCACAAGCUCAACUUAUUCCUUCGACUACCGCCGCCGCAACCUUGCGUGCCCCUGAGUCAUCGCUUCUCAGUGAACAGCGCCGAAGCCUGGAACAGAAUGUCGAUGUAACUAUGGCAGAGAAUGACCAAGAAUCUGUCUCGACCAAGGGACAAACGGCUCCAGUUUCUUUUGUCUCCAACCCCAUAGCAAACAAUGGACCCCCCGCUAUCGCUGUCAUGGUCCAGUCAUCACAAGAUGUUACCCCGACUGAGGAAGGUCCACGCCUUGAGGUUACUAAUGGGAACCUAAUGUCUCCAAGCGCUUCAACGAACGUGUCUCCUCAAAAUAGUGGACCGUAUCCCGACAAGACGAUCGAUACGACCAAUACCUCACAAGUCCAAACAGAGGGACAAGACUUAUCUGAGAUGGACACUCUAGAGCCACCGCCCCUGGAGGAUUUAUCCUUAAUCGAUCAUGAAAUACGUGUACCAAAGGAAGCACCAGCCUCACAUGCUGAGGAUAUCAUCAGCGUGGCAGGAUCUGAGAACAGUGCGGAAGAGUAUCCUUCAUAUCAGGAGCCGAAUGGUUCACCCUUCAAGGAGCAGUCUAUGCCAUCUGCAGCUGAUGAGAUCCACGAACCUGCUCAUGAACUGACGGUGUCUGUGCCGGAGAUUUCUAGCGGAGAAGUACAGAAUAGCUCAUCUGAUGAGCAUCUCUUACUAACUUCUAUGCAGAAUGAACCUCCAAAAAAUUCACAACUGAAUGACGUACUAUCAUAUCAUAGUCCUCUUGGCUACUUCCGUGCAUACAGGUUUCACCCUAGAUUUUUUGAUGAGGUGGCCGGUGGCCUCAAGUCAAUGACUUAUAGCUCGAAAAUUGAUCCGAUGCGACCACUGUGUCCGCGUGUGUUGGCUGGAGAACAUUGCCCUGCCAGUAACUGCGAGUUUCAGCACUUUGAGAAUAUGGUGCUUCAAGGUAAGUUUUGAAUUCUGUACUUUCUUCCCCGACUGUCAUUUCUUUUUCGAAACAUCCCCCCCUUUG